CCCACAUUAACUUUCUGUCUCUCUUUCUCUGUCUAUCUAUCUCACCACGUUGGCAGGUUCAUUAGAUUCCCCAUUCAGAAGGAUGGCUCUCUCUCUCAUCAUGUUCAUAGGAUUUUCUAGAAAAAAAAAACGAUAUUUUCUGGCCGAUAUUUUCCCGGGACAUAUGGGGACAUUUGAAGCCCGUCUUCCGCAGAGGAGCUACCCCUUUUCGUUGAUGGCUUCGUUGAUCCCUCCUUCUCUGAAGACCAGUCUUCAACGCAAGCUCUGCGCCCCACGCUCAGACCUUCCACGUGUGCGAAUCACACUUCCCAAACAAGGGAAGAGGAUGGUGUUCUCAGCCGUCUGCUCGGCUUCACAAUCAGGAGAAAACAGCAACGUACCCAUCGUGACCCGCAGCUCUGCUUUUUUCAAUUAGAAUUUAGGAGAGAAGACCUUUUUUGCAUUAUCCAGGGCGAAUUUCCGAGGUCAAACGCGUAACAAAAGAAACGAAUGUUCAAGUGCAACUGAAUUUGGAUGGCACAGGGAUUGCUGAUUCUAGUACCGGUAUACCCUUUUUAGAUCACAUGCUGGAUCAACUGGCCUCUCAUGGCUUGUUUGAUGUUCAUGUAAAGGCUCGUGGUGAUAUUCAUAUUGAUGACCACCACACAAAUGAGGAUGUUGCACUUGCCAUUGGAACAGCAUUACUUCAAGCCCUUGGAGACAGAAAAGGAAUUAACCGCUUUGGAGAUUUUUCUGCUCCUCUUGACGAGGCUCUUGUGCACGUUUCACUGGAUUUAUCUGGGCGACCUCAUUUAAGUUAUGACUUGAAAAUCCCGACAGAAAGAGUUGGCACAUAUGACACGCAGCUUGUCGAACACUUCUUUCAAUCUCUAGUGAACACAUCAGGAAUGACCCUUCACAUUCGACAGCUUGCUGGGAAGAAUUCACACCACAUUAUUGAAGCAACUUUUAAGGCUUUUGCAAGAUCACUUCGGCAGGCCACUGAGUUUGAUUUGCGAAGGCAGGGGUCUAUUCCAAGUUCUAAGGGUGUGCUAUCUCGCUCAUGAUCCAAAAAGAGUCAAUUGAAGCUUGGGUCAAGUUCAGCUUCUUCCAAUCAGAAAAGGUGAGAGGAAUUGAACGGCAGACCGGAAGGACUAGUCCAUUUAUUGAAGAACUUGUAUGUCCUAUCAAGGAGGUUUCCUUUUUAUUUUGUAUCGUGAACUAGUCCUCCUGAAAGUCUACCUGUACUUUCUAUAUAAUAAAUUUUGACAGUGACUUCUAACA